UGAUGAUGGACCGGGAGGAGGGUCGAAUCUGAACAAACCUGGCGCCCGAACGCAAUUCGUUACAGCCAGCACACGAGCGUUCUUUUUAAGAAGUACUGGGGUGUCGUCGAUACUUGUAAUUCGUUCGGAUGGUAAGCGGUGGAUCACAAAAUAAGUAGCGUCUCAAAUCACACAAAAAAGAUCCACUGAGCAAGACAAUCCUCUACAAAGAUCUGAAGCGUUUUGUCGUGCGUCAAAUGGAAGUUCUUCCCUAAGUGGUUCCCUAAUUUUCCCUAAAAUUCGUAUGUGGGAGGUUUAAGCGUGUCCGUUUGUUUCUAAUGGGGUGUCGUCGAUACCUGUAAUUCGUUCUGAUUCUUUAUAAGAGAUGAAAUGAAUCAUCCUCACGUCGACGUCGAAACUUGUAUCUCUGUCUAAUUUUUGGCAGUGCCCCAGAAGAGGAAGUGUACGAGAAACAUCGCUACGUUGAAAGGGAAACGGAUUUGCUGUGGCCGUUAUUGCAAGCAGAAGGGCUCAGUUGGUCGCAGAAACGGGUUGCGUUGUUUGUUGGUCACGCGAACCGAUUUGUAGC